AUGAACGGCACAACGACAUCGGCGGGGGGCAAGAGAAAAGCACCCGAGUCGGCUCAGGCGAGCCCUCCCGCUAAGAGGCCACUCAACGGUAGCAACAGACACGACUUGGAAAUGGAAACGGCGGUUCCCGACAUCACAGUUGACGAGAUGAGCUAUGAGGAAGGCUCUGAUGCAGCUAGCGACUUGCACCCGCACGCCUACCUCGGUACUCCCGGCAGCUUCGGCGAGUGGCAGGACACGAUCCAAAAGGUCGUUCGCAACGUGGUCGCCAUUCGAUUCUGCCAGACGUGCUCUUUUGAUACGGAUCCUGCAUUGACGAGCGAGGCCACCGGCUUUGUCGUCGAUUCGGAGAGAGGUUACAUCUUGACGAAUCGCCACGUUGUCGGAUCUGGUCCGUUUUGGGGACACUGCGUGUUUGACAACCACGAGGAGGUCGACUGUUACCCCGUAUAUCGCGACCCUGUUCACGAUUUCGGUAUUCUGCGAUACGACCCCAAGGCGAUCAAGUAUAUGCAUGUGGAUGGACUCACUUUGAGUCCUGACCUGGCAAAAGUUGGUACAGAGAUUCGCGUUGUCGGAAACGAUGCUGGCGAAAAGCUGAGUAUUCUUUCGGGUGUUAUCAGUCGUCUGGAUCGAAAUGCGCCCGAGUAUGGCGAUGGAUACAGCGACUUCAACACGUGCUACUACCAGGCCAAUGCUGCUGCUAGUGGUGGAAGUUCUGGAAGUCCCGUCGUGAACAAGGAUGGCUGCGCCGUUGCGCUCCAGGCUGGUGGUCGAUCUGAUGGCGCCUCGACCGACUAUUUCCUACCCCUGGACCGGCCACUACGCGCACUUCAAUGCGUCCAGCAGGGCAAGCCCAUUACGCGCGGCGACAUUCAGUGCCAGUUUUUGCUCAAGCCCUUCGAUGAGUGCCGCAGGUUGGGACUUAGUCCAGAGUGGGAGUCGGCGAUGCGACAGGCUUUCCCGGAAGAGACCAACAUGUUGGUUGCCGAAAUCGUCUUGCCUUCUGGACCAUCCGACGGCAAGAUCGAGGAGGGCGAUGUCCUCAUCAAAGUAAACGGCGAGCUGAUUACGCAAUUCAUCCGCCUCGACGAUAUCUUGGAUUCGAGCGUGGGUGACACCAUCAAGGUUCACUUGCAGCGCGGAGGGGAGGACAUUGAGGUCGACAUCGUGGUUGGCGAUCUUCACAAGAUUACACCCGAUCGUUUUGUGACUGUUGCAGGGGCGAGCUUCCACGACAUCUCGUACCAGCAGGCCAGGCUCUAUGGCGUUGCUGUCAAGGGAGUCUAUAUCUGCGAGGCUGCGGGGUCUUUCCGUUUUGACAAUACGGAUAACGGAUUCAUCGUGCAGUCUGUGGACCAGAAGAAGGUGCCCGAUCUGGAUACGUUCAUCGAAGUUAUGAAGCAGAUUCCUGACAAGGCACACUGGUCGGCCAAGAUGAAGCUGGCUGUUCGCAACGAUGUCACUGGCUUGUGGGACUUUUCUGACCUCGGUGACCCUCUGCCACCCGUGGCCCCUGUUCGGCGAUCUGCUUCAUUCAUCGAGCUGGACCACAUGCCGCACCCCGGCAUCGCGGCCCUGAUCCGCAGCUUUGUCCACAUCAACUGCACUUUGCCCGUCAAGCUCGACGGCUUCCCAAAGAAUCGACGCUGGGGCAUGGGCCUUGUAAUUGAUGCUGAUAAGGGACUUGUCCUCAUUUCCCGAGCUGUGGUGCCGUAUGAUUUGUGCGACAUCACCGUCACCAUUGCCGACUCCGUCAUCGUCGAGGGCAAGGUCGUUUUCCUGCACCCGCUGCAAAACUACACCAUCAUCAAGUAUGAUCCCGCCUUGGUGGAUGUGCCCGUCAUGAGCGCCCGCCUCAGCGACCAGCACCUCACCCAGGGCGCCAAGACGUACUUCUUGGGCUACAACAGGAUAGGCAGAGUCGUGCAUGGGUCCACCAACGUGACGGAAAUCACAGCGGUUGCCAUCCCCGCCAACUCAGGAGCGCCGCGGUACCGCGCCGUCAACGUGGAUGCCAUUACUAUUGACAGCAACCUCGGGGCGUCGUGUGGCAGUGGCGUGCUCGUUGCGGAAGACGGGACGGUGCAGGCUCUUUGGCUCCAGUACCUGGGAGAGCGUUCCCCGAGCACUCAGAGAGACGAGGAGUAUCAUCUGGGACUGGGUACGCCCACUCUGCUACCAGUCGUCUCGGCCAUCCAGCAGGGAGAGACACCGAAGUUGCAGAUGCUAUCGGUGGAGUUCCGAUCUAUCCACAUGUCGCAGGCGCGCGUGAUGGGAGUCUCGGACGAGUGGAUCAACAAGGUUACACAGGCGAACCGGUCUCACCACCAGCUGUUCAUGGUUAGCAAGAGGGCAUUUGAGCGGGUGAACCAGCCGGUAUCCCUCCUGGAAGGCGACGUGGUGCUGACGCUCAAUGGUAAAAUCUGUACCACCAUCUCCGACUUUGACGUGAUGUAUACGAACGAGCUCCUAGACGCCGUCGUUGUGCGAAACUGUGAAGAGCUACACCUCCAGCUGCCGACAGUUACCGCCGAUGACAUGGAGACGCACCAUGCGGUGUCGUUUUGCGGAGCCAUUUUCCAUCGUCCGCACCUGGCCGUCCGCCAGCAGAUCAGCAAGCUUCACAGCGAGGUGUAUGUGUCGAGCCGAAUCCGCGGCUCCCCAGCAUACCAGUACGGAGUUGCUCCGACCAACUUCAUCACUCACGUUAAUGGCGAGUCGACGCCGGAUCUGGAUACAUUCAUUGCGGCGACGCGGAAAAUCCCCGACAACACAUAUUUCCGCCUCAAAGCCGUCACAUUUGACUCGGUGCCUUGGGUGAUUACAAUGAAGAAGAACGAUCAUUACUUCCCUACCAUGGAAUGGAUCAAGGACAGCAACGAGCCCUGCGGCUGGCGUCGUGUGACAUACGAGGGCAACCAAGUCUUUGAAGGAGAGGCGACCGAUGGAAUCCCAACGGUUGCCGGCAAUGCCGAGAUGGAAUAA